AUGCUGGAGGAGCCCCGGUCUCGGCCUCCGCCCUUGGGCUUCGCGGGUCUCCUGUUCUUGGCUUUGUUCAGUCGGGCUCUAAGCAAUGAGAUUCUGGGCCUAAAACUUCCCGGUGAGCCGCCGCUGACGGCCAACACCGUGUGCUUGACCCUGUCCGGCCUGAGUAAGCGGCAGCUGGGCCUGUGCCUACGCAGCCCCGACGUGACGGCGUCCGCGCUGCAAGGGCUGCACAUCGCUGUUCACGAGUGUCAGCACCAGCUGCGCGACCAGCGCUGGAACUGCUCGGCACUGGAGGGCGGCGGCCGGCUGCCGCACCACAGCGCCAUCCUCAAGCGCGGUUUCCGUGAAAGUGCUUUCUCCUUCUCCAUGCUGGCUGCCGGGGUCAUGCAUGCUGUCGCUACAGCCUGCAGCUUGGGCAAGCUGGUGAGCUGUGGCUGCGGCUGGAAGGGCAGUGGUGAGCAGGACCGGCUCCGGGCCAAGCUGCUGCAGCUUCAGGCACUGUCUCGGGGCAAGAGUUUUCCACACUCACAGUCCAGCCCUAUCUCUGGCUCAGGGCCCAGCCCUGGCCCCCAGGACACGUGGGAAUGGGGUGGCUGUAACCAUGACAUGGACUUUGGAGAGAAGUUCUCUCGGGAUUUCCUGGAUUCUAGAGAAGCUCCACGGGACAUCCAAGCGAGAAUGAGAAUCCACAACAACAGGGUGGGGCGCCAGGUGGUAACAGAAAAUCUGAAACGGAAAUGCAAGUGCCACGGCACCUCAGGCAGCUGUCAAUUCAAGACUUGUUGGAGGGCAGCUCCAGAGUUCCGGGCCAUCGGGGCAGCAUUGAGGGAGCGGUUGGGCAGAGCCAUCUUCAUCGAUACCCACAACCGCAAUUCUGGAGCCUUCCAGCCCCGCCUACGUCCCCGUCGUCUCUCAGGAGAGCUAGUCUACUUCGAGAAGUCUCCCGACUUCUGUGAGCGAGAUCCUGCGGUGGGCUCACCAGGCACUAGAGGCCGGGCUUGCAACAAGACGAGCCGCCUGUUGGAUGGCUGUGGCAGCCUGUGCUGUGGGCGUGGGCACAAUGUGCUCCGGCAGACGCGGGUGGAGCGCUGCCAUUGCCGUUUCCACUGGUGCUGCUACGUGCUGUGUGAUGAAUGCAAGGUCACAGAAUGGGUCAAUGUGUGUAAGUGA